AUGACUGACCGGAUUUCACCGACCAAUCCCUCGGCCACAGACAGUCGAUUUGUUACCAAUGUGUUUGUGGACAGUUCACCGCCGUGUGGAGCAACCAUUCUAGUGAACGGAGCAGUGAUGACACCGGAAUCCGAUGACAAAUUGGAGGUUCCUUCCAUCGCCCAACGACGGAAAGUUUCGUUGAUGCCCAUGGUGACGGAAGAGGACCUUCGGCUGUCUGGACUAGCCCAUAGAGACCCCAUUUCCGUGGCCCAGGUGUUCGGUGAAGACUUCGCCUCUAGGUUCUGUGUCCCUGUCUGCAGCACCCCCACUUCCCCAUCUCCUCCACCCUAUGAUUCUAAGGAGAAGAUGCUAAUCAAAGAUGUCAAAACCCGAUUGCCCUUUGGGAAGAGAGAUGAACGCAUUCCCAGGUAUUCAAAAACAUAGUGUCUCAUGUUCUUGUAGAGGGGUACCGGCCUUGAAGGUCAGAGUUAAGAAGUCGCAGCAGCUGAACUCUUCGUUGUCUUUUGAGGAUGUGUCUGUCGCUCUGCCCCCCAGUUUCCAACAAUCUAUGUCCGAAGGGGAUACACGUUUCGUGAGGCAUACCACUUCAAGUAAGUGCUUGCAAGAAGUCCACUGAAUUGUAAUCCAUUCUUUUUAACAUAUUAUUUUAGGCCUGGCGUCGGAAAAUUACGAUUUCCAACAAUUUCAAAUAGUGUUCAACGAUUGGGUAAGUGCGGAAACUCGAGAUUUAAGUGUUUCAGAUCAAAGGCGAGACCGGAUGUAGAGGAUCGGCCUUCAUAAUCAACUCGUCAGAAUACGACUGCAGUGUAUGCCAUGUAAGUUACUUCUGGUAUCACAUAGACAUAUGCUGGGUGCACAUGCAUAAUAAAUAGCGUUAGUCUCUGCUUUCAGGUCUGUGAUUCCGAAGUCCUCGAGGAGCCCAUUUCUUGUGUAAGUAGUUGUAAACUUGAAUUAACUGUAAUCGUGUGGAUAAAUAAUUACGCGGAAAGGUCAACUUCAUUUGAUCUGAACCCCCUUAAGAAGACAAUUCGUGUGAAUUCUUUUUUUCUUAAUCGAUUACCUUUUAUAGGGCGACUCGGAAAAGUUCACAGAGGCAUUGGGGUUUGCAACAAGCGCGGCAGAGAGCGUUCAUGAUCAAGAUCAGACCCCCAGCACAUCCAAAGUCAUCGGUCCGGUGAUGAUCGACAUCAGAGAAUUUAAUGAGGUACAUUUGAGACUGCAAAGAACAGUCCAUCAUUUUUGAAUUAGCAUAAAUAAAAUAAUGUUUACAGGAGAUCUCUGAGCCCUUGUGGAAGAUUGUUAAUAUUAUUGCCAGCCACUCCUCGGCCAGAGAAACGGGUGCUCCAGCUGCCUCGGUGUGUGGAGUUAUGACCGGUUGUGGGUUUGUUACAGCAUUGUUACUAGUACAUCAAUCAGAAAGGUGGGCUAAAACGUUGUUUACAUUACGUCACGACGAUUUCAGUAAACGGAACGACGAGUUAAAAGCCCUUCUUCAUCACUUCGGGAUGAUUGCCUCGCUGACUUCAGUUGCCUGGAACGUUGAAGAACAACGUCGGAUCGCCCAUCAGUCCGAGAUCGUACUUUCGACCACUCAGAGUGUUUUUGCAAGUAUUCGUAAGUGUUUUCGUGUCAUAUAACAAUUAUAAUUACUCGCCAAUUUAAUUUGGGCUUUACAAAUUCUUCGAAUAAUUGGAUUCGGGCAGAACGCCGUUCCAGGAAACUCAUAAAGCCGGAGGGUAUUACCACAAAAGAUGAAUAAGGCAAUCACGUCACCGUUCCGUGACUGAGUUUCGACUUGAAAUCGGAUAUAAUUCCGUGUUUUCGGAGUACUCGAGUGUUGCUUAAGAGAACUUUAAUGCCACUCCCUCAGGGGCGUUGCCAGUCGUUAAGCAGGAAAACAUGGGCAGAGUCCGUGGACCGGUCCAGUCCAGCCCGUACCCGCCCAAUUAAGUGUGUUUGUUUAGAAAUGGUGGAUUUGGGGGCCACGUGUUCCCUUUUUUUGUGUUUGUCCCCCUCCCCGCUCCCUUCUCAAGUAUCUAUUCGUUUUGAUUUAUUUGGGAGCUGACCAGCAUUUUCUUCCUCGUCAUUUUAAAGGGCGAUUUGGGGGAUUAGUUAAACGGAUAAUCCGUCUAAAGCUUCUUAUUCAAUACUGUUUGUUGAAUUGUGUUAUUGAGCGACGGGAUUCGGCCGACUCGGCCAUUCGAGGCCCUUUAAACCUUUAUUAUAUACUUCCUUCAUUCUUCUUUAUGCCUCAUGAUUCUUUAAUCUUUUCAAAAAGUUCUUCUCAACAGUUUGUUUUGGGAUAUUUUUAUGGUUAGUAGUUGUUCACCCGAGCUUUGUUCUCCCGUCUUCCCUGAGCUUGUCAUUCAGAAUUUCAGCUGGACUUAACUCGAAACGUGAAAAGUUCAUGUAUUGAUUUAUUUGUGCUUAAUCUAGCGUGAGAAUGCCCGACUUCGGGACUGGUAUUAUAUUAGGCCACACUUGUCCCACUCCCACUCAGGAGCUCAGUCGGGCAUAACAGUCAAGUCCUCUGUUUCUGGUUGUAUUCUUUGAGUGUGGGGGAAUUUUGACGUCUGUUUUAAUGAUAUACGACGAUUAAUUCCUUUGAAUGUUGUUAUAGGUGUGACGGGGAUGAUGGCAAAGUCAUGUUGUUCCCUUAAUGUAGACCCAAACAGAGGGUGAUGUGAAAUUGGGAAAAGGAGUUUUUGUGUGUAUGGAGAAGAGGGGAGGGCCAUGCCCUGGGGGGACGGGGAGACAAGACGGCGAGCGUUGGCUGUGCCGCCAAGCAUUUGAAAGAGUGGAGGGGGCCUUCUUCAAAGCCUCGCACACCGUCUCUGGGGCCUCACUCACACCUUUUGGGGACCGUGGGAAUGAGAGUGCCGACGUUUUCUUUCGGAGGUGUUAUUUCGAUGUUCCACUUAGUUUUGUAUUUAAUUUGGUAUCCUUCGAGCUCUUGGCCUUCGCGAGCGUGAGUGGGAGUUCUUCCAUACUAAACGUUCCAAGUUUUAAACUGGCUUACCGCAAGUCCCGACGCUUUCCUCCGUUCGGGAUGGACUCGAACGGUCAAGAAGGCGCUGACAUUCCGUCGAGCUCUAACAAGGGAAUGGUCCCAACGAUCCGUGGGAUCCACAAAUGAAACCUAGAUAUUCUGAAAGAGCAGGUAAAAUUUAGUAGGAAUCCGUUUUUUCUACUUGCCGAAUAAGUCUGUGCGACGAGAAAUAUCGUCGAAAAGAUCCGACCAAAAAAUCGAAAGAGAGAAAAGACGAACCGAAAGGCCUUGGAAGGCGUCACCAAAUAGUCUAGUGGAAAAAGUUCCACGCACAAAUCUUUUGGGGGAGGGAGGCCUUGGAGGUUCGAGUCCACCCGGAGCCGGACAUCUCCGGAUUUGAACGUACGUGUUCAUUACUGUAUUCUACAGUUAUACAAAAAAAAUUUUUUUGUUUAACCUGUUUUACAAGGUUGUUUGCAUCCGAAGGCGUGGCAAUCACUGGUCAUUACCUCUUUUUAUGAUGCCGCCAGGUCCGAAGUUCCAAAGAAGACAAAUUUAUGCAAAUUUAUACCUUCUGGGCAGAAUUUGACAAAAAUAAUUUGGGCAUUUGUUAAACACAUGUCCACGGCCAUUUUAAACCAAAAAACUCAAAAUAGAUUUUUUCGUAAAUAUUCACGGGGUCUACUGCACGCUGAUGCAAGGACCCAAAAAUUCUCUUUUCAACUUUUCUUGCAAAAUUUUAUGAAAAGGUGAGAUUUUGGCAACAUCCUUUUUGGGAAACCGAAAAAGAUCUGCAAGAUCCUACACAACCUUCCAGAAUCAGUAGAAGUGUCUUGAAAAUACCACUAUGUCGACAUCGGGCUUAUCAAAAAUAUUGCCGAAGUGUCAGCUUUUCUUAAAAUUUUGCAACAAACCUUGCAAAACAGGUAAAUAAACAAAAAAAUUUUUUUUGUAUAAAUGUAGAAUACAGUAAUGAACACGUAGGUUCAAAUCCGGAGAUAUCCGCUCCGGGUGGACUCGAACUUCCAAAGCCUCCCUCCCCCAAAAGAAUUGUGCGUGGAACUUUUUCCACUAGACUAUUUGGUGACGCCCUCCAAGGCCUUUCGGUUCGUCUUUUCUCUCUUUCGAUUUUUUGGUCGGAUCUUUUCGACGAUAUUUCUCGUCGCACAGACUUAUUCGGCAAGUAGAAAAAACGGAUUCCUACUAAAUUUUACCUGCUCUUUCAGAAUAUCUAGGUUUCAUUUGUGGAUCCCACGGAUCGUUGGGACCAUUCCCUUGUAAGUCCUGUUCUGGAGACGAGUGCGAUGAGCCCCGGACCAAGAACAGACGAAAAGAACUGACCACGGGAGAGUUUCCUCGGAUGGAAAGACAUACCUUGUUGUUCUGUGCGAUGAUCGCCCCAUCUCGAGAGCAUUAUACUAAUGAAGUCAGGAGGAUCCUCGACGAGAGGAAACUCUCUGGAUUCCAGCCUUCUUUCGGAGUCGAUGAGAACGGGGAUGUGGUUGCCACCAUCGAAAGUAAUAAAAGUCUCAGAUUAAUUUCACUAAUUCCCUAAUUAUUCAUUUAUUUUUGGUUUCAGAGGAUAUGAAUCUCUUGGUGAAUAAUAUAACGAAGGAGGCAAAGAUGCUGGUUUCGGCCGAAAUGUAAGUGCAUGUCUCUAUUGUCAAUUCUGUUUCGUUUCAGCUGUUCGUUGUUCUUACUUGACUCAGAGCAUGAUGAAUUGGUGGCGGAAGUAUUCGAGCAGAAGGGGAAUUCAGAUGAAUAUCUUCAGGAGAUCCGAAUGCCUCUAAAUCAAGGGAUUGUGGGUCAUGUUGCUACGACUGGUCAGCUAAUGAAUGUCAAAGAUGUGUACAAGUAAUUGGUCUUAUAAGGAAGUAAUCGUUUUUCAGUCAUCCUUAUUUCUAUCCAAAUGUGGAUCAGAAGACGGGCUUCAAGACUCGAAAUAUCCUCUGCUUUCCGAUAAAGGACAGUUCCGGGAAUCUGGUUGGGGUGGCUGAGUUGUGCAACAAGAUCGACAAGCCUGCGUUUACUCUCCACGACGAACAAGUUGCCAUGACAUUUGCUGUGUACUGUGCUAUUAGUAUUUCUCAUGUAGGUAUAGUUAAAUAUUAAAUAUUUUUUUUGCAACGCUAAUUAUAAUUUCUUUAGUGUUUGUUAUAUCGGAAACUACAAGAAGCUCAUCGAAGAUCCCAUAUGGCAGCAGAAGUCCUUGUUCAAGGCUCGACCCUUUCCAUCGCUCCGGAAGAUAUCCUACGGCUGACAGUGCGGGAGAUUCCUUCUCCAGAAUCCUUCCAUCCCAACUUCAGCGAUCUUUGUUUUGUUCCUCGAUCCAUUGGAACCGGAGAUACCUAUGUGGAGGCAUCACUUAGCAUGUUCCAGGUAUGUGUCAAACGUGUUAUUUAUAGACUUCUUAAUGUCUGGCUCUUACGAUUGUCUUUAAUCCCUUCGUUUUUAGGAAUUAGGAUUUAUCGAAAAAUAUCGCCUUAGGCGACGAACCCUUGCCCGAUUCAUCUUGAUGGUCCAGAAGGGAUAUCGCGAUGUUCCUUACCACAACUGGAGUCAUGCCUUUGCUGUUGCGCACUUCUGUUAUCUUCUGUGUCGGAUACAAAAAGUGAAAGACGCGUUAGGUGAUCUCGAAAGGCUGUCCUUGUUGGUUGCCUGUUUAUGCCAUGACAUUGAUCAUAGAGGGACAACAAAUGCUUUCCAAUUACAAUCUGUAAGUAUCACGGUCAUCUCAGUAGUAAAUCAACGUAUUCAGAAAACCCCUCUGGCUCAAUUAUACAGCAGUGAAGGUUCUGUUUUGGAGAGACAUCACUUUGCCCAGACAGUUACGAUCCUCGGCAUGGAUGAAUGUAAUAUAUUCGAGACACUGACAAGGCAGCAGUAUCAGACUGUGCUGGAUAAUAUCCGAGAAGUCAUCUUAGCCACAGAUAUUGCUGCUCAUCUCCGAAAAGUCCAGAGGAUCCGAGAUAUGGUUGAUAUCGGGUAUGACUUCAGUUCCGGAGAACAUCAUUAUCUGUUCAUGUGCCUGUUGAUGACAGCCAGUGACCUUUCAGAUCAAAGCAAGGACUUCAGGAACUCCAAAGCCAUUGCCGUAUGUUUCUCCAAGACCAACAUCAUAUUACCCCAUUUCAGGAGAACAUUUACAAAGAGUUUUUCUCUCAAGGAGAUCUCGAGAAACAGAUGGGGAACCGACCCCUGGAGAUGAUGGACAGAGAACGGGCGUGUGUUCCCAAAAUCCAACUUGACUUCAUGGACACUGUCGCCUUGCCAGUUUUUGAGUAGGUUCUGUUCUAUUAUUUUACUUGCGGCUUAAAAUCAAUUAUAUUGUUUUCUUGUUACAGAUAUCUAGGAAAACUUCUUCCCGAAACAAUGAUAACAUAUGAGUCAUUCAAGCAUAAUCGAUCGUGUUGGGCCGAGUUGGACCACAUUCUUCAAGAGGAGGGGGUUCCUCAAGAAGGUUUAAACUACCUGAAGGACGAUGAUCUCGAAAAGAAGGUCCUGGACCGGGUCAGUGCCCAAGAAUCGUGUUCGCCGUCCUCCGAGAACGCGGACUGA